GUGCAAAGUGUGUUCCAUUUUUUUACCGUCGUCAUACUAUGCCGAAAAGUGCGAAACCAAAAUGUUGCGAGUCUACGCAGCUGGACACGGACGAGCUUCAAGAGAGUGCAGGAUCCGAAACCAUGAAAAGCGUUCCACCAAGCAGGAAUAAGAAUAUCAUCAGAAAAAAAGGAUUCCAGUAUGGUCUUGUAAGGUUAUACCUUGUGAAAGGGAAACGUGUUGGUCUAGGUAUCAAGACGCACAAAGACCAAGUAGUAGUCAGCAAAUCACAAAAAGACUCGAUUUGCGAACACAUCAUUAGGAGAUUGGACCGAAUUAUUGAUGUAAACGGGACUCAAGUGGCAGACAGGGAUGUAUGCAGAGAGAUGCUAAUAAAAUCUCUUUUGAAGACAAACACAGUAAGUCUAGUGAUUGAACGACCGAUAGAGAAAGAGGCUAUAGAGGCUAUGGAGAGGUUCCUCGCCGAAGCUGGUGGACAGUCUGCGGCCACAUCGCCGGUCCGCGAUAAGAAUUCGAAGCCAAAACAAGUAGAUCCAGGUAAUUUGGUGAAGGGGCUCAAAGGUGAUGUCAGUCCGAGGAGGAUGCAAAGCCCAAGGAAAGGUAGACGAUCUCAACCGCCAUCUGCUGAAGAUUCGGGCAAUAAGUCUCCCCAUCGUUCACCAUCGUUACAUAAUAUAAACGACGCAAAGGGACAGUCACUGGACGACGCAGAAAAAAGAGUGUCGGCUCUAGGAGGUAUAUUGAAGAAAGGCAGUAAACUCAAAGCUGUUGUCGCACUAAAACGCAAGUGAAAAGAAUCAUCGUACAAUCAAUAAACAAAGAUUAAGCUAACAAUUAUAC